GAUUAAUCCACAGAACCAGCUCGCUCGGCUCGUUCCUCUCACGUGAGAGGGUUUUUGCGCCUCAGAGCCGGUUUCUGAUGAUUCGGUGAGGAAUAGAAGAGUUUGCUUGAGGAUUGCUGUAGUUGAAGAGCAAGAAAGCUUUUUGGGGGAAGGUCUGAUCGUUAGCACGAUGCCGGGCGUUGGAGAAACAACUGAAAUCGGUUGAAAUCGGGAGAUUUUCUGAAAUCCCGGAGGCGAACACGCCGGCUUCCGCCCUUUAGAGAAGAUUAAGAGCACGAUGGCUUUGAGGUGACCCAGCUUGUGUUCCAGUUAUGGUGCAUGGAUGAACUUCAAGAGGGCGUUGAAUGGUGGCAGUGGUCAAAGAUCUGAACUGGUGUCUGAAAGGCUUUACAGAUCCUGAGAGCAUGGCGGAUAAGACGGCUCCCGGCUGUCAGCUGAGACUGGAGUGGAUUCAUGGAUACAGAGGACAUCAGUGCAGGAAUAACCUGUACUACACCGCCGGGAAGGAGAUCGUGUACUUCGUGGCUGGAGUCGGAGUGGUUUACAACACCAGAGAACACACACAGAAGUUUUACUUGGGACACAACGACGACAUCAUUAGUCUAGCACUGCAUCCUGAUAAGAUCCAGGUGGCCACAGGUCAGGUUGGGAAGGACCCGUAUAUCUGUGUGUGGGACUCGUAUGCACUGACCACCGUGUCCAUCCUGAGAGACGUUCACACUCACGGUGUGGCCUGUCUAGCCUUCAACGUUGACGGCCAGCGUUUAUCGUCUGUGGGACUUGAUGCUAAAAACACGGUGUGUGUGUGGGACUGGAAAAAGGGGCGUGUCUUAGCCACCGCCACGGGACAUUCUGAUAGGAUCUUUGAUAUUUCCUGGGACCCGUUUCUGCCGCACAGGCUGGUGAGCUGCGGAGUCAAGCACAUUAAAUUUUGGGCAUUAUGUGGCAAUGCAUUGACGCCAAAACGAGGGAUUUUCGGAAAGACGGGGGACCUGCAAACCAUCCUGUGCUUGGCUACGGCGAAAGAUGAAGUGACAUAUUCGGGAGCUCUUAACGGAGAUAUUUACGUGUGGAAGGGACUCAACCUGACACGCACGAUACAGGCGGCACACGGAGCAGGGAUCUUCAGCAUGCAUUCAUAUGAGGAAGGCUUCGCCACCGGUGGACGGGAUGGAUGUGUAAGGCUUUGGGACGUGGAUUUCAAACCCAUUACUAAGAUUGACCUCAGGGAGGCAGAGCAAGGUUAUAAAGGUCUGUCCAUUCGCAGCGUGUGUUGGAGGGCUGACAGGAUCCUGGCAGGAACUCAAGAUAGUGAGAUCUUUGAGGUGAUGGUGAGAGACCGAGAUAAACCGCUGCUGAUAAUGCAGGGUCAUUCAGAGGGGGAGCUCUGGGCCCUCGACCUUCAUCCCAAACAACCGCUGGCCGUCACCGGCAGCGACGAUCGAUCCGUACGACUGUGGAGUUUGUCCGAACACACGCUGAUCGCUCGCUGUAACAUGGAAGAAGCCGUACGCAGUGUUUCCUUCAACAACGACGGUUCCCAGCUGGCUCUCGGCAUGAAGGACGGCUCCUUCACUGUCCUGCGUGUCAGGGACAUGACGGAGGUGGUUCACAUCAAGGAUAGGAAGGAGGUCAUUCACGAACUCAAGUUCUCACCCGAUGGAUCUUAUUUGGCAGUGGGCUCCAACGAUGGAUUUGUGGACAUCUACGCUGUGGCCCAACGCUAUAAAAAAGUGGGAGAGUGCAACAAGUCCACCUGCUUCAUAACACACCUGGACUGGUCCGUGGACAGCCGCUUCCUGCAGACCAAUGAUGGAGCUGGAGAACGAUACUUCUACAGGAUGCCAACCGGUAAAUUCCUGCCGAAGGAGGAAGCCAAAGGAAUCCACUGGAUGAGGUGGACCUGUGUUCUCGGACCGGAGGUCAACGGAAUCUGGCCUAAAUAUUCCAACGUGAACGACAUUAAUUCUGUGGACGCAAACUACAGCAAUGCAGUGAUGGUGACGGGUGACGACUUCGGCCUCGUCAAACUCUUCCGAUUCCCGUGCCUUAAAAAAGCUGCCAAAUUCAAGAAAUACAUCGGCCACUCUGCCCAUGUGACCAAUGUGCGCUGGUCACAUGACCUGCAGUGGGUUCUGAGCACAGGUGGAGCCGAUCACUCCGUCUUCCAGUGGAGGUUUCUGCCGGAGGGAGUCAUGAAUGGAAUUCUGGAGCCACUGCUGCAAGAUAGCUACGCUGACUCUAACAGUGGCGAAUCUGACUCGGACCUCUCCGACGUUCCCGAACUGGACUCAGACAUCGAACAGGAAGCUCAGAUCAACUACGAGCGUCAGGUGUAUAAGGAAGAUCUUCCUCAGCUCAAGAAGAAACUGGCUGGAUCUCUGAAGAGGCAGAAAGCACCAGACGAGGGUCUGCGCCUGCAGUUUGUCCACGGGUACAGAGGCUGCGACUGCAGGAAUAAUCUGUUCUACACUCAGGCCGGGGAGGUGGUGUAUCAUGUGGCCGCUGUGGCGGUGGUGUAUAACAGACAGCAGCACACACAGCGCUUCUACCUCGGACACGACGAUGAUAUCCUGAGCCUCACUGUGCAUCCGCUCAAAGAUUACGUGGCCACCGGACAGGUGGGUCGAGAUCCGUCCAUCCAUGUGUGGGACAUCCCAAAACUCAAGUGUUUAUCUCUGCUGAAGGGUCAACAUCAGCGCGGGGUUUGUGCUCUGGAGUUCACAGCGGAUGGCAAGAGUUUAGUGUCUGUGGGAAUCGAUGAAGACCAUUCCUUAGUCAUCUGGGACUGGAAAAAAGGCGAAAAACUGGCAAAAUCCAGAGGACAUAAAGAUAAGAUCUUUGUGGUGAAAGGAAACCCCUUCCGCAUGGACAAACUGCUCACGGUGGGAAUGAAACACAUCAAGUUCUGGCUGCACACAGGAGGAGGUUUAACAUUUAAAAGAGGCAUUUUUGGAAAUCUUGCCAAGCAUGAGACCAUGAUGUCCGCUUGCUACGGACGCUCAGAGGACCUGGUGUUUUCUGGGGCGUUGACGGGUGACGUGUACAUCUGGAAAGACACGACGCUCGUGAAGAGCAUCAAAGCUCACGACGGACCCGUGUUUGCCAUGUGCUCUCUGGACAAGGGUUUUGUGACGGGGGGUAAAGAUGGAGUUGUGGAGCUGUGGGACGACAUGUUCGAGAGAUGUCUGAAGACGUACGCUAUCAAGAGGGCGGCGCUCUCGCCUUCAUCGAAGGGACUGCUUUUAGAGGACAACCCGUCCAUCAGAGCGAUCACUCUGGGACACGGACACAUUUUGGUCGGCACCAAAAAUGGAGAGAUCCUAGAGAUCGACAAGAGCGGCCCCAUGUCUUUACUCGUGCAGGGUCACAUGGAAGGGGAAGUUUGGGGUCUCGCUGCUCAUCCAUUGCUGCAUAUUUGUGCAACUGUGAGUGACGACAAAACCCUGCGCAUCUGGGAGCUUUCAGCCAACCAUCGAAUGGUGGCUGUCCGGAAACUUAAGAAAAGUGGUCGAUGCUGUGCCUUCUCGCCAGACGGAAAAGCCUUAGCGGUGGGACUAAACGACGGCAGCUUCCUGGUGGUGAAUGCAGACACGCUGGAAGACAUGGUGACCUUUCACCACAGGAAGGAGAUCAUCUCUGACAUCAGGUUCUCUCAAGAUGCUGGAAAAUACCUCGCCGUGGCCUCCCACGACUCAUUUGUGGACAUUUAUAACGUUCUGAGCAGUAAGCGGGUGGGCAUCUGUAAAGGAGCGUCCAGCUGUAUCACUCAUGUGGACUGGGACGUCCGUGGAAAACUGCUUCAAGUCAACACCGGUGCCAAAGAGCAGCUAUUUUUUGAAGCUCCACGUGGAAGACGACAAACUAUCAGCAGUUCAGAGUUUGAGAAGAUUGAAUGGGCCACAUGGACGUCAGUGCUGGGUCCCACCUGUGAAGGCAUCUGGCCGGCGCUCAGUUUUGUCAACGCCUCUUCACUUACCAAAGACAGGAAGCUGCUGGCCACCGGAGACGACUUUGGCUUCGUCAAGCUCUUCAGCUUCCCCUGCAAGGGUCAGUUUGCCAAGUUUAAAAAGUAUGUGGCUCACAGUGCCAAUGUGACGAAUGUUCGAUGGUCCAAUGACGACGCGAUGCUGCUGUCGGUGGGCGGGGCUGACACGGCCCUCAUGAUCUGGGCGAGGGAGGGGAUUGGUUCACACGAAAGCAAAGCCGUGGACAGCGAAGAAUCAGACGAUGAUGCUGAGGAGGAUGGAGGGUAUGACAGUGACGUCGCUCGGGAAAAGAACAUGGAUUACACAACGAAGAUCUACGCUGUCAGUAUACGCCAAAUGACUGGCGUGAAACCACACCAACAACAGAAGGAGAUCCUAGUGGACGAGCGGCCUCCAGUGAGCCGUGCCGCACCGUUACCUGACAAACUGGUGAAGAACAACAUCACAAAGAAGAAAACGGUCGAGGAACUCUCUCUGGAUCACGUGUUUGGCUACAGGGGCUUCGAUUGUCGAAACAACCUUCACUACCUCAAUGAUGGAGCUGACAUCAUCUUCCACACAGCCGCCGCUGCUGUUAUUCACAACCUCUCUGCUGGUACUCAAAGCUUUUAUAUGGAGCACACGGAUGACAUCCUCUGUCUGACUGUCAAUCAACAUCCCAAAUAUCUCAACAUCAUCGCCACCGGUCAGAUCGGCGACUUCGCUGAUCUGCCAGGCCUGGCACCGUCCAUUCACGUGUGGGACGCCAUGAGCAAACAGACACUGUCAGUGCUGCGCAGCUCUCACGCUAAAGGGAUCGGAUACAUCAACUUCAGCGCCACGGGAAAACUGCUGCUGUCUGUGGGAGUGGAUCUGGAGCACACCAUCACUGUGUGGAGAUGGCAGGAAGGCUCUAGGGUUUGCAGUAAAGGCGGUCACAGCGACCGGAUCUUCGUGGUGGAGUUCAGGCCGGACUCGGACACUCAGUUUGUGUCGGUGGGGAUCAAACACAUCAAGUUCUGGACGCUGGUGGGAGGCUCUCUGCUCUAUAAGAAGGGAGUGAUCGGAGCGGUGGAGGACGGACGCAUGCAGACCAUGCUCUCUGUAGCCUUUGGAGCCAAUAACCUGACGUUCACGGGGGCCAUAAACGGUGAUGUGUACGUGUGGCGAGAGCAUUUCCUGGUGCGUGUGGUGGCUAAAGCUCAUACAGGACCAGUGUUCACCAUGUACACCACGCUCAGAGACGGACUCAUCGUGACCGGAGGCAAAGAGAGACCGACUAAAGAGGGUGGUGCUGUGAAACUGUGGGAUCAGGAAAUGAAGAGAUGCAGAGCGUUUCAGCUGGAGACAGGACUUCCUGUUGAGACGGUCAGAUCUGUGUGUAGAGGAAAGGGAAAGAUCCUGGUGGGAACGAAGGAUGGCGAGAUCAUCGAGGUGGGAGAGAAGAACGCCGCCUCCAACACCAUGAUAAACGGACACACACAGGGGCGCAUCUGGGGUCUGGCCACACACCCCUCCAAAGACGUCUUCAUUUCGGCCAGCGAUGAUGGAACCAUCCGCCUCUGGGACCUGGCCGAUAAGAAACUCCUGAAUAAAGUGAGUCUGGGUCAUCCGGCGAAGUGCGCAGCGUACAGUCCAAACGGUGAGAUGGUGUCCAUCGGGCUGGAGAACGGAGAGUUCAUCGUGCUGCUGGUGAAUUCACUGAGCGUAUGGGGCAAGAAGAGAGACCGCAGCGUGGCCAUCCAGGACAUACGGUUCAGCUCUGAUAACCGGCUGCUGGCCGUCGGCUCGGUGGAGUGUGCGGUCGAUUUCUACGAUCUGACUCUGGGUCCAUCUCUCAACCGGAUCGGCUACUGCAAAGAUAUUCCUGGAUUUGUGAUCCAGCUGGACUUCUCUGCUGACAGCAAAUACAUCGAGGUCUCUACCGGUUCAUACAAGCGUCAGGUUCAUGAGGUUCCCAGCGGGAAGAUCGUCACAGAACAAGCCCUGAUAGACCGGAUCACCUGGGCGACCUGGACCAGUGUUUUGGGUGACGAGGUGUUGGGCAUCUGGCCACGUAAUGCAGAGAAGGCAGACGUGAACUGCGCCUGUGUUUCUCACGCCGGGCUCAACGUGGUCACCGGAGACGACUUCGGACUCGUGAAGCUCUUCGACUUCCCCUGCUCCGAGAAAUUUGCCAAACACAAGCGAUACUUCGGCCACUCUGCCCAUGUGACCAACAUCCGUUUCUCUUACGACGACAAAUAUGUGAUAAGUGUAGGAGGCAACGACUGUAGUGUGUUCGUUUGGAGAUGCAUCUGAUGGACCUCCACACAGCUCAGACAAAAAAACAUACACUCAUAAGUCAUGCCAAUAUUUCAGAAAUAAUUGUAUUUUAUGUUCGGAUUCUGAAGUGCCUUGGAGACACAGUUUGCAGAUCUUUCCCCCCGAAAUGUUCAUAUGCAUAUAUGGUGCUAAAUGUCCACGUAAAGCUUUAUGCAAUUUCCUUUCUUCUUUAUCUAUCUAUCUUUUUACAUUUUGUACAUAAGUGUCAAAUAUAUCCACUCACUAAAUGCUCUUCCUGUUAAAAAUAUCGAACUAUCCAAAUACAUUGGACUCAGGAGAAACAAGUACUGUAAUGUGUAGAUGUUAUAUUUGACCUGUGCUAUUUUUGUUAAAAUAUGCAUUUUUUAUGUACGUAUUUACGUAUGAUGUAUGCAAAUUAGUCGGUCGUUCUAUGGACAUAUAUGAAAAUAGACAAUGCAAAAAACUGCCUGUCCAAAUAUUAAAGUUAUAUGAAAUGUCCGUAGUAGCAUUGUCUGUUGCGACGUGAGUAGAUUGUGACAGCAGCUGUGUAUUGUGUGCAGAUAUCACGUUAUAUCUGUCAUUUGUAUGUUCAUGUUUUUGUAAUUUGUCUGAUCAGAGCUCAGUCUAAUCGAAAGCUAUAUAAUAACGCAUGAAUCGAAGUCUAUGUGAUUGUUGAUCAUGAAUGGAUUCUGUUGUUUUAUAAUUAAAGAGAACUAUGUGCUCUCAC